GUCCUUCUAAUGGCUGGAGCUCAUGGAGUGACUAUGGCCCUUGUGACAGUAACUGCAGGAAGAUUCGUCAAAGGUUUUGCUCGUCUUCAGAUGUCUCCAACUGUCCAGGAGCUGAUACAUAUGGUGUAGGGACAGAAAAUGCCCAAUGCAGUCCUAGUGAAUGUCAGGCUGUCAUAGACGGUAGUUGGGGGCGUUGGUCAUCAUGGAGUCAGUGUAGUGCUACUUGUGGACAAGGAACUCACACAAGAACGAGGCAAUGUAACGAUCCCCCCACUCAAAAUGGCGGUAAACCGUGUUCAGGAAACAGCAAAGAGACCAACGUUUGCAAGCAAAAAAGAUGUGGUUUAGGUCCUGAUGAUUGCGAGUUCGAAAUCGAUAUGUGCAGCUGGACUACCGACCAACAAAAUAACUACCAGUGGUACCGUCAGCAAGGAUCCACACCCAGCUCAUCAACUGGUCCUGAUGGUGAUGCAACAAAACCUUUGAACGGAACAGGUUUUUACGUCUACGCCGAGUCUUCUUCACCUGUACGGCAAAACCAAAAAACAGAGCUCACAAGUCCAGUCUUGACCGCUACUUCUGGACGAUGUCUUCAGUUUGCAUACAACAUGUAUGGAUCAACCAUUGGGUCACUAAAUGUCUAUGUACUGGAUGUCAAAGCAGGAGCAAGGAAAGGGAUUUUCAGGAUAAGCAGUAACCAGGGACAACAGUGGCAUAGAGCAAGUGCAACUAUUACAACCUCCAAUGACUAUAAGGUUGUGUUUGAGGUCAUCAGGGGAUCUAGCUAUACUGGUGAUAUAGCACUGGAUGACAUAUUCUUUAAAGAUGGCCAGUGCGGUGGUAAGGGCCCAACAAAUACAACCUCGCGUCCUUUGACUGCUGGUCCUACAACUUCCCGUCCUUCGACGGUUGGCCCUACAACUUCACGUCCCUCGACGGCCGCCCCUACAACUUCAAGUCCCUCCACUUCAAGACCUGUGACCUCAAGCCCUACACCCCAAGGUCCUGUUGACUGCGACUUCGAAAUCGAUAUGUGCAGCUGGACUACGGACCCCAAAAAUAACUACCGGUGGUACCGUAAGCAAGGAUCCACACCCAGCUACGCAACUGGUCCUAAAGGAGAUGCUACAAAACAUUUGAACGGGAAAGGUUUUUACGUCUACGCCGAGUCUUCUUCACCUGUACGGCAAAACCAAAAAACAGAGCUCACAAGUCCAGUUUUGACCGCUACUUCUGGACGAUGUCUUCAGUUUGCAUACAACAUGUAUGGAUCAACCAUUGGGUCACUGAAUGUCUAUGUACUGGAUGUCAAAGCAGGAGCAAGGAAAGGGAUUUUCAGGAUAAGCAGUAACCAGGGACAACAGUGGCAUAGAGCAAGUGCAAAUAUUACAACCUCCAAUGACUAUAAGGUUGUGUUUGAGGUCAUCAAGGGAAUUAGCUAUACUGGUGAUGUAGCACUGGAUGACAUAUUCUUUAAAGAUGGAAAGUGUGCUGGUAAGGGCCAAACAAGUACAACUUCCGCUCCUUCGACGGUUGGUCCUACAACUUCACGUCCCUCGACGGCCGCCCCUACAACUUCACGUCCCUCCACUUCAAGACCUGUGACCUCAAGCCCUACACCCCAAGUGUUUGUGGAUGGUUGUAAUUUUGACCAAGAUAUGUGUGGUUGGAAGACUGGACCGGGGACGAACACCUUUUCGUGGACCAGAAGGUCAGGUUCAACACCCAGUUCUCGCACAGGACCUAAUGGUGACCAUACUUCAGGUUCCGGAUCAUACGUGUAUGUGGAAACCUCAUAUCCUUCUAAACCAAAUCAGACAGCUACCCUGGUCAGUAAAGUCUUCCCUCCCGCACCUUCUGGUCGCUGCAUGAGUUUCUUCUAUCACAUGUACGGUGCGACCAUGGGAUCACUUAACGUGUAUAUCAAAAGCGCCUCUACCCCAGUUCAAUCCAGGGUAUUCAAGAUUAUAGGCGACCAAAAGAACAAGUGGCAUCAAGCUGUGGUCAAUAUUUCAAACAUGAUCUGUGAUUACGAGAUUGUAUUUGAAUCUGUCCGAGGGACUUCGUAUCGUAGUGACAUCGCGCUUGAUGACAUCACUUUUAGUAAAGGCCCUUGUCCAAAAAGAGUAUAAUCACUGAUGAUGACAGCAAAAGGAUCCCGAUUAACCACUUAGAUAGGAAGCAUGCUAAAUGAUGUUAUGGCAUAUCAGUACAUAAUUGUGCGUUUAAGAUUAAAAGACGAAUAAACAUCAUGCAUAACAUAACAA